ACCAGGCUCGGAGAGAGACGGAAAGCUCCGGCCACAGAUCGUAUAUCAGAAACCCUAAAACUGAGACACAGACAGAGAAACAUUUGUGAUUUGUGAAGCGAAAAACAGAAGAAGCAGAGAAAAAUGGCUGGAGUUGGUCCAUUGACGCAAGACUGGGAACCCGUGGUGAUCCGAAAGAAGGCUCCGACCGCCGCGGCUAAGAAGGAUGAGAAGGCUGUUAACGCUGCUCGUCGCGUGGGUGCCGAUAUAGAAACCAUCAAGAAGUCUAAUGCGGGGACAAACAAAGCUGCUUCUAGCAGUACUUCUUUAAACACAAGGAAGCUCGAUGAUGAAACUGAAAAUCUUGCUCAUGAACGUGUGCCCUCAGAACUCAAGAAAGCCAUCCAGCAAGCUCGAAUGGACAAGAAGCUCACUCAAGCUCAGCUUGCACAAAUGAUGAAUGAGAAGCCCCAAGUGAUCCAAGAGUACGAAUCUGGUAAAGCCAUCCCAAAUCAACAAAUUCUUACCAAACUCGAGAGGGUUCUCGGAGUGAAACUGCGAGGAAAGAAGUAGAAGUUUUCCAUGUAAACAGAACCAGGAGGAAAGUUGAGUUGGUGGUAAGGUUGUGCAUGCUACUAGUUUAGUCUAAAGUUAAUUGUCGAGUCCAAGUGUUUUUUGUACACCCUGAACAGUCUGUUACUGUCGUUUGAGGUAUCACUGUAAUUAAACUAUCUCAUUUGACUCUUGUUGCAAGUGUUUUGUACUUGGUAACUGGUGGGAUCAGCAUCUUGUUCAUUAGGGGCUUUGUUCCGUCUUACAGUCGAUAUUUCCCUUGACAAUUGAGUUUGGCUUUCCAAUCCUCCCGAAUUAGUGUAAAGAUCUAUAAAUCAAUAAAGUUCUUAAAAACAUACCUGCUGU